GCUAAACAUUAAAAGUAAUAAAAUAAUGCAAAAUACUGAAGAAGAGUAGUUUUCUCCGUUUAUUUCACCCAUGUUCUUCUCCGAUCAUUUGCUAUCGCCAACCCUAGAGGACGAAGGUUUGGGAAGUGCUUGCCAAGGUGCGGACGGUAAUCAAAUUUUCGGUUAUCCAUUUACAAUCCUAACGGAGGGGAAGGAGCAGGAGAAUGACAUGGUCGGACCCUCUAUCAAGGUCCCAAGGUCUACUAGCACCCAGACCGCCAUGGACGCUCCCUCGGGGUUCUUCACCGUUCAUCUGGCGUCUCUGAAGAAGGGGUUGUGGUUUCCUCUUCACUCGUUGUUGAUUGAGUUCCUCAACGAAGUGGACCUCCUUCCUUGCCAGUUGGUCCCCAAUUCUCACCGGUACGUCGCCGGGUACCUGGUCAGAUGCAAGGCAGUAGGGGUGAAGCCUACCCUUGACCAUUUCCUGUUUACCUUUAAGCUGACCAAGGGUCAUGGGGAUUGGGCGUCCUAUGCCAGUCUUUCCCAAAGGUCCAGCAAAUUGUUUACCAGGCUCCCAUCCUUCCGUCGCGUCCCAUGUCCCCCCUCCGAUGCCACCCUUCUGUCCAUCACCCGGCAACUCUGUGGCCAAGGGGCCUUCGAGAUUAAGAAGGUGGUGACCGAGGAAUCUAUAACAGCGCUGGGGUUUGAGUUUGUCCAAGACGAGCUUCGCCACCAGCCCGACCUGCUAAGGGAUGUUCCCGGGGGACAUCAACCCAACCUGCUGAGGGAUGCCCCUGGAGGCGUUGACUAUGGUCCUUUUGUCGAGCCACCAGGACUAGAGGACAAGAUGGACGAUGAUCUUCUCCUCGGCCACUUCGUUGCGGGGAGGAAGAGGAAGAGGGACGCGUCCAGGCAAAACAAAAACAAGCGCUCUUCCUCGCGCGGCGAAGAUAGUCCUCCACGUGAGCAGGUCGUGAUCGAUGUAGAAGACCAGGAUGACGCGGCUCUGGCGACAGGGACAAUGGCGAUGAGCUCCCCGCCGCGUUCCCUGAUGCUCGUACAGGCUACGCUGGGGAUGAUCGAGAUCGUCGGCCGGAGGCAGGACCGCCAAGCUGCUAUGGAUGAGGCGAAGAAGGUGGCGGAAGAUAAGCAGAGAGAGCUGCAGGAGGAGGUAGCUCGCUUCGCCAGGGAGUUAGAAGAGGAGAAAGGUCGCUCCGCCGUCCUUGAGACUAAGAAUGCCUCCAUAUCUUCUGAAUUAGGGUCCGUUUCUGCUCGCAUAGCUGAGUUAGAGGGGGAGAAGACCGAUCUGAUCCAACAGCUGGAGGUAGCGAGGAGCGACCAGGCCCGUCGCAUGGAGGAGGCGAUCGAGUCAUUCAAAUCUUCUCCUGACUUCGCUACGGUUGCUAUGGAGCGGAUGGACAAGCUGGUAGUCGAAUGGCUCAAAACCAGGCCCGGGGUCCAAUGGAUGGUCAAGGAAGGAAAAAAGUCCUUCAACUGUGGACUCUUUCGUGCCCAACAAGUUUUUCGCAACAAGCUGGCCCGGCUCCCCAAAGGAUUCUCCUUCCCGACCUCGGUUUUCCUCCUCCUUGCCGCGCCUUGGCUGAGUUCGACCCCAGCCCUUACUUGGACGAGGGGAGCUCAAGCGCCUCUAACGAGGAAGAAGAAGAAGCUGCGCUGGACGACCAAGGUGGGCAGGGCGACCAGGACCCUGGGGCCAACCUGGCGACGUCCAAGGCGGGUGGAAGCGCCAGCUCGGGCAUCUGAUUUACUUCCCUCCCCGUUGUCUUUUUUACCUUCGAUUUCUUCACCCGGGGCUAUUUAUAAGCCCCUCAUUCUUCGUUUAGCUCCACCAUCAAACACCUUCCUUUUCUCCAUUUUCACCAUGUCUGAAGAAGUUCCUACUUCUUUGAACCUCUCCGAUGGGCCGGUCCCUUCUUCGCCGGAGCCUGCCUCUUCCCAUAAAUCUGUUAACUCCAACGACUGGGGGGGCUAGACCCGUACGAAUUCUGCCGCUGGCUGCCCCGCCGGCAGUGGUCCUCGGUGAAACCUCCACCUAUUCCACCAAACCCUUAUGACGACUUCAGCGUGGCGCGUAAGGCACUUCUAGCCAACCGUCUGCCAAACGGAGGGGUUGACUGGGAUGCUCCAUUCCCCAUCCACCAAUUACAUUGUAUGGCUUGGGAAAGCGUGCAGGAUGAGCACUUGCCCCUCUUGGAGCAUGAAGGAGCAUAUCUCACAAGUCUGGAGCGAUGGACUAGCGUGAGUCGCACCAACUCACCGGUGCGGCCUAAUGAAGAGGUUGUGGUGGG